ACAAUACUUGCCACAAUACCUGCCACCAUACAAGACGACGAUACGGCGAGGCUCUGGGUACUAUAUAGGCCUACGAAAGAGCGAGAACAAAAAAGCACAACUAAAAAAGACAAGCAAAGAGCUCAGGAAACAAACCCGCAGCCAUGUCGCGCCAUCAUCCCGAUCUCGUAAUGUGCCGCAAGCAACCCGGCAUCUCCCUCGGCCGCCUCUGUGACAAAUGCGACGGCAAGUGCCCCGUCUGCGACGCCUAUGUCCGCCCCACAACCCUCGUGCGCAUCUGCGACGAGUGCAGCUUCGGCAACUACCAGAACAAGUGCGUCGUGUGCGGUGGGGAGGGAAUCAGCGAUGCGUUCUACUGCUUUGAGUGCACGCGCCUUGAGAAGGAUCGUGAUGGGUGUCCGAAGAUUAUAAAUCUGGGGAGUAGUAGGACGGAUUUGUUCUUUCAGAAAAAACAGCAGAGGGUGUUUGGGACGAGGGGAUGAGGUGUUUGGGAGGACGGUUUACUAUGGCUUUCUGGGGCUGGUGGCGUUUGGGGUUAGGUGUCUGAUGGUCGCGGAUUUGGGAUGGGGGGGGGGAGCGAAGGGAGGAUAGAGGAUGGACGAUUCACAGGAACGCUCAACGAAGGGACGAAGAUAGUCCAACAGGGGCCUAUAGAUUCCGCCGCCAAGUCGUGCAGUUUGGUGCGAGACAGGCCACGUGAGCUUUGGCUGUGCACCUCGAACAAGGGCAUCUGUGCCAUCAUGUCUGCCUGAGAGCCGUCAACCAUGGACAGAAGACAGGCCAAUUCCAUGUGCCACAGCAAUGAAAACCUUGUAUGAUAUUCCUCUUGUCGCUGCAUAUUGCUUGAUGUCAGGAGGCAGAUCCGUGAUUAUGUAAAAGCCUGGAGGCAAAUUCUAUCACCUCGCAUAUAAUUGUUUUACAGAAAAGAGUUUCUCUAGGUGACUUUUGUGGUUUUUAUAAUUACGUAUGCAAUGUUCCGAAGGGCAUUUUAGUAAAAUGGUAAUGAAAUCUAUGUAUGGACCUUAAGACUUCCUAAGAUCGUUUUCCAAAAUAAACCUCCGU